GAUUGAAGAAUGAGACGUGGGCAACUUUAUGUCAUUCAUAACUCGUAUGAAUAUGUAAUGUGUAUUCAGCCACUAUUUUAUUUUCUUCUCUAACGGGACCUUGGAUCUGUUGAGGCUUUUACAGGGAGAUUUUGUUAACUUUUGGUAAACGUUUUGACAUUUCACACCGGUCUACCACUGCAAAAGGCCACCCUUUGCAUAAAGGCUACGAGCAUAGCACGAAACACUUACCACCUCACCAGAGGGUUGUCAAAAGUGAAGGCUCAUUCGUCAAAAGCCUAAUUAAUCUAUUCUACGCAUUCGUGGGUUGGAUUUGGUUUCCUUUGGUCUAUGCAAUGCCCAUUAUAGUUAUGUUUAUGUCUGUCUAAGAUGUGUUAGCACCAACCACUGCAAAUGAUCCCUUUUGUGUGUACUAAGGAAGCUUUUCACAGCUCAAAUGCAAGUACUCUAGUCAAAUCAACUCAACUCUUGGAGUUUUGUUUGUAGAUUCUUUUGGCUAAUUUGGUAUCUGGGCUAUAUAGUGUUUCGGCUUUUUGGCUCAUUGCAUUGCUCAACUGUUCUCUGCCUGAUUUCUUGGCUGUAAUGUUUCAGGGCAUGGGGUAUGAAGGGUUGAUUCCAAGACACAAGCGUUCAAAGAGCUUUCCUGAUAAGAAAAGAAUGGAGGAUGAUAAUGCAGAUAACCACCUCGAGACCUCAGAUCGAACAAAGCUGGAUACAGGGUACCUCACGGAAUGCGGUAAGCCAAGGAAAAAACAAACCCCUACAAAUGAUGUUCAACUUACACUGAAGCAAGAGAUUUUACAAUUAGAGAAAAGACUACAAGAUCAAUUUGAGGUCAGAUGCACGUUAGAAAAGGCUCUUGGAUACAGACCUAAAUCUCUUGUUACAUCAAAUGACAAGAUACUGCCCAAGCCAACGUCCCAAUUAAUUAAAGAGAUUGCGGUGUUAGAGUUAGAAGUUGUGUAUUUGGAACAAUAUCUUCUCUCCUUGUAUCGUAAAGCAUUUGAUGAACAAUUACCCUCUGUAGUUCCAUUCACCAAGGGGGAAAAAAUAAAGUCUUCUCCAACUGCACCUACAGCAAUAUUCGUUGAAGUAUCUAAGCCUGAGCUCUUAACCAAAAGAGGAAGCUCUGCGGUACAAUCAAUUCAUCAUGAGCUUGAUGCUACGCAAAAGGAAUAUAGUGUAAAUGAACCUCAGACUUUAGGGAAAGAAUACAGUGUACAUCAACCAGAAGGAAAACAUUUAGACUCAGGCGUAUAUCGUUGCCACUCCUCGUUAUCACAGUGUACAGCAUUUACAACGAGAGUAUCACCUCCUGCAGCAGAUGAAUUAACUGAAUCUCUGCGUGCUUGUCAUUCCCAACCACUGUCCAUGAUGGAGUAUGCCCAAAAUGUUGAUGCUUCAUCAAGAAUAAUCAGUUUGGCAGAGCAUCUUGGCACUCGAAUAUCUGAUCAUAUUCCAAAUACACCUAAUAGGCUUUCUGAGGAUAUGGUCAAAUGCAUAUCAGCUAUAUAUUGCAAACUCGCAGAUCCAUCUACGACAAAUCCUGGUCUUUCAUCUCCCAGUUCAUCCUUGUCUACAACUAGUGGCUUUUCUAUUGGAGAUCAAGGAGACAUGUGGAGUCCAGGGUUCAGGAAUUCCUCCUUUGAUGUGAGGUUAGACAAUCCUUUCCAUGUGGAAGGACUCAAGGAGUUUAGUGGGCCAUACAGCACCAUGGUUGAGGUAUCAUGGAUUUACCGAGAGAAUCAGAAAUUGGGUGAUACUGAGCAGUUGCUCAAGAAUUUCAGAUCACUCAUCUGUCAACUAGAAGAUGUAGAUCCUGGGAAGUUAAAACAUGAGGAGAAAUUAGCUUUCUGGAUCAACAUACACAAUGCUUUGGUGAUGCAUGCAUUUUUGGCUUAUGGAAUUCCGCAAAACAACGUGAAAAGAGUCCUCCUUCUGUUGAAGGCUGCAUAUAAUGUUGGUGGUCAUACAGUCAGUGCAGACACAAUACAGAAAGCUAUACUCGGGUGCCAGAUGCCUCGCCCCGGACAGUGGCUACGCUUGUUCUUUUCUCCAAGGACAAAAUUCAAAGCUGGAGAUGGACGACAAGCAUUUGGUAUUGAGCAUCCUGAGCCUCUUCUACACUUCGCUCUCUGUUCAGGAAACCAUUCUGAUCCAGCGGUACGUGUAUAUACACCCAAGAGAGUAGUUCAAGAACUAGAAGCUGCAAAGGAAGAAUACAUUCGAGCCACCUUUGGGGUACGUAAGGAUCAGAAAAUACUCUUACCUAAGCUUGUGGAGUCAUUUUGUAAAGACUCGAGUUUAUGCUCUGCUGGUACCCUGGAGAUGAUCCAAAAGUCUCUACCUGAAUCUCUAAGAAAGAGUGUUAAAAAAUAUUGCCUUGCAAAAUCUAAGAAGAGCAUAGAGUGGAUUCCACACAACUUCACUUUUCGAUAUCUCAUACCCAAGGAGCUGGUAAAAUAAUUGCUUGUUAGCCUUCCUUCUUAUUAUGGGAGACAAUCUACAUCAAGCUUUAAAAAACAGUCCAAAGCUGCAAUUGUAGUCGAAUUUCUCAGCAAUUUUUCAAAAUAUCGAGGAUGACAAUGGAACUGCAUCUACGACUGCCACUGCAAUUUUAAACCUUGAUCUACAUUGUUUGCUCUAUUAUGUAUUCUUUUGUACAAAGUUGACAGGGUAGCAGCAACAGCAAAAUCUAAUACUCCAAUGUGUUGCAUUUUGUGUAUGCAUUGUGUAACAGUUUCAUUGUAUUAUCUGUAAUUGAUGUAAGCUUAUUCAUAGAGUUGAGAUUAUGAUAUUAGCAGUAUAAA